AUGGUCUGCCAGCAUGGAUGGAAACAUGCACCAAGGGACCCUUUCAACAAGGAAAUAGUUAUAGACCUGGAGGACAUAUAUGUUAGUCUCGGUGACCUUGUUGAAUCUAUUAGGCCAAGGAACAAGUUGUACAACACUGUUGCAGAAAUUGGAAUCAACAUCAUCAAAAGGGAAAAUCAAAACCCAAAGAAGGUCAUUAUGCCUCUGCGUAUAGCUUCGUACCUAAUUGAGGGACGUGAUAACCUCAAGGAAGUAACCCGAUGUUUCGAAAACAGUCCAUCAAACAGAUUGGAUCACAAAGACAUUGUUUGCUUCCCUACACUUCAAGCUUUUCCUGGAACACCUAAGGAUGCAUCAGGCCAUUACUGGCUUGUUAACCUGAACAUCAAAGCUCAGAGGUUCGAGAUAUAUGAUUCACUAGGAAACAAUUCCGAGCCAGUAAACAUGCACGCUUGCCACUUGCUAAUUGCUGGCAUAAAGACUAACUGGACCAGACAGUACUCCAACUCAAAGAUAAAGAUCAUGGACUGGCCUAUAGAGAUAAUUGAUAGCCCGCGCCAAAACAAUGGGUAUGACUGUGGUUUUUUCACACUGAAGAAUCUUGAAGCAUGCCCAAGCAGGACCCCAGCAACGUUCUCACAGAAAGACAUUCCAAACAUAAGGAAGUUGUACACAGAUAAAUGGUUACGUUUCACGAAGAAAGCAAAUUGGCAGUUAUUUGUCUAG